AUGUCUUCUAUCCUGAGUACCCUGGGCCUUCAUGCCGCAGCCAGCGGUGCCGCACCGCCUAACCACGCAGUGGGCUAUAUCGUGGCCAACUGGUUCUUCGCGUACCUCGCGACCAGCGCACGAGCGUCCAAGAUGUGGCUAGGUCUUGAUCACAAUAGCGCGCCGCGUGAGGACCUGGCUAAAUACGGCGAGGCCGCUGUACAGUCGGGGAAGAUCAGCCGGGGAACGCUGAACCGACUGAAGCGUCAGGAAGCUGCGCACGCGAACGCGGUUGAGGGGUUUCCUCUAUUUAUUGCAGCGAUGCUCCUUGGCAUCUUCGCCGGCCUUCCGACCGAAACGAUCAACGGAAUCGGAGCAUGGUAUAGCGUGUCGCGGCUGUUGUUCACAGUCAGCUACGCGUUGACCGAGUCGGAGGGGAUGAGCUUCCUCCGGUCUGCGUUUUGGUUUUCGGGCAAUAUUGGCUGCAUCGCGGGGCUGCUGGAAGCGGCCAAGACGCUGUAA